GGGAAAAUAUGGCGGACGUAGAAGUAAUGGAAGUGGACACUGUCGAGUCAACAAAAACUAAACCUAAAGCUGGAGGCAGCUCUGGAUCAAGUCAUGAGCUACCAUGGGUUGAAAAGUAUCGGCCAACAAAAUUACAAGACAUAGUCGGAAAUGAAGAAACCAUCAGUCGACUUCAAGUGUUUGCCAGAGAUGGGAAUGUGCCUAAUGUGAUCAUUGCUGGUCCUCCAGGAACAGGAAAGACAACAAGUAUACUGUGCUUGGCCCGAGCCUUACUAGGACCCUCCUACAGAGAUGCUGUGCUGGAACUGAAUGCUUCUAAUGACAGAGGUAUUGAUGUGGUGAGGAAUAAAAUCAAGAUGUUUGCCCAACAGAAAGUCACACUACCUAAAGGUCGCCACAAGGUUAUAAUCCUUGAUGAAGCCGACAGCAUGACUGAUGGGGCACAACAAGCCAUGAGAAGGACAAUGGAAAUAUAUUCCAAGACAACACGAUUUGCACUUGCCUGUAACGCAUCGGAUAAAAUCAUUGAACCAAUCCAAUCCAGAUGUGCUGUGUUGCGGUAUUCCAAGUUAACAGAUGCUCAGGUUCUAAAACGAUUACUGGAGAUCUGUGAGCAGGAGAGUGUUAGCUAUACUGACGAUGGAAUCGAGGCCAUUGUAUUUACUGCGCAGGGAGACAUGAGACAGGCAUUAAAUAAUCUGCAGUCCACACAUCAAGGAUUUGGACAUGUGAACAGUGAGAAUGUAUUCAAGGUAUGUGAUGAGCCACACCCUGUACUAGUGAAAGACAUGCUGCAGCACUGUGUAAAUGGAGCCCUGGAGGAUGCCUACAAGGUCAUGGCUCAUCUGUGGAAGCUUGGUUAUUCCUGCCAGGAUAUUAUGACUAUUGUGUUCCGUGUGUGUAAAACACACAGCAUGCCAGAAUUCCUCAAACUCGAGUUCAUCAAGGAGAUAGGCUACACACACAUGAGGAUAGCAGAAGGUGUGAGCUCCUUACUCCAGCUCUCAGGGAUGCUAGCCAGGCUUUGCAAAAUAUCAGCGACACCAAAUUCACUUGGACAAUGAUCUGAAUUUCCUCCGCACUAGAAAUCAGUGACCUCUGACCCUUGCAACAGUGUCCUGAAACAUGAGUUACUGUGUUGAACGAGGAUCACAAAAUGUGUCAUCAUUAAUGGUCCUAAUCGCUGUUCAUCUGACAGGAAGUGUCAAUAUUUCCUAACUGUGUCCUGUAACUCUAGAAUAAUAUAGUCGAGCUAAGGCCUACAAACAAGUCUAGAACCAGAUUGUGACAUACAUGGAAUCAUAUAGACAAGUUGUGGAUUUAAGAAUCAAGUGUCUACUCAUACAUUAUAUUAUAUCCCCAGUGAUGAUUUUACAGUUUUGUCAUGUUAGCUGAUUAACUGAACAAUGAUAGGGGUUACAAAUCUGCCCUCCUCUAUCAGGGAGGCACUACUUAUACAGUAGUCAUCAGGUUCACACGAGAAACACCAUGUUGUUUAUUGAAACAGAAAUAUGAUUAGCAUCAUACAUGGUUGAUAUAAUUAUUGAAUUAUUAGAUGAAACCAUAUCAAUCAUCUUGAUGUUAGAUUUACUUUGAACUAGUGCUAUCUUAAUAAGACAAUGUAUACAUGAUAAAUCAGCUGUCACUCGGGAUAAAAAAUCAAAGACAGUCGUUGGCUGACAUCGGGUGUUGUUCCACCCCAUGGCAUUGAUGUGAAUCAGGAUAUAUUUACAUCACCUAAACAUUCUACUGUUCUCAGCAGUAUAUGUGGGACAUUUGGCUGAAAUUGGCGAUGUAUGUUGACCAUUUGUGUUAUGUUGUUAUUGUGAUGUCCUUUAUAGCAUGAUAUUGCCAUAGAGUUAUACAUAUUGACUUUGUUUCUAAAUUAACAUUAUGCUAUGGCCAAAAUAGAUGAAUGAAUUAGUUUUA